AGACGGCAUUUGUUGGCAUAUAUAAGGUAGCGAGGCUCCUGUGGAGCACCAGAGCGUUCAUGACAACCUGUGAACAAGUUUGUGGAAUCCAAGAAGAUGAGACUCUCGGUGGUGUUAGCAUGCCUGCUGGCAGCCUGCAUGGCACAGGAGCCCCGCCCAUGCACAAGCCCUCCUCUUCUGACUGGAGAGUACACUGUGUCCACACAGAAUGAAAAGCUGUGGGCUUUUGUCAAAUACCUGUAUGAUGAAAUGGGGCAAAGGGUGCGGCUCACGGAGACUGGAAACUAUCAGAAUAAAUCCUUCACCUAUGACGCCCUGCUGCUCUUCAGAGAGGGUGCCGUGUAUGAGAUCGAUGAAAAAGCUCGUACAUGCAAGAAAAGCCUUCUGACGGCAGCCUUCCAUCCUAUGGAAAUCCCAAAAAAUGCAUCUCUGCUGGGCCAGGCUGUUGUAGGCAGCUCAUCUAUACCCGGUGAAGGACUCCUGGUCAACACCUGGACUGGAGAUCUGCCUGGGAAUACAGGAAAGUACUUCACCACCUUCACUAGAUCUGAAUGCAUCCCAGUCAGCACUACACUCCAGACAAAAGACUUUGGAUGGAUGCUGACAAACUUAUUCAACAACGUCAUUGGGAUUUCUGACCCCAAUCAGCUCAACCCCCCCGACUACUGCCCAACAGAGAUGAGUGAAGAGCAGCCAGGAGUUUUCGCCAGCUUGUUCUUUAACCUGCACUGAGGGCUUCAUCAAGUUUUUACCUUAUACUGAGAUGACUUAUGUUGUGAACUGACACUACAUAAAUAAACUACUUCCAAAACAUAAAA